ACAGCUGGGAGCAGAGUCCUGGUCACCAGAUGCAUGAGGAUAAAAACACAGGUACACAUCUGCAUCUUAAUGGUUGCAUACGUGACAAAUGAUUACAGGUGUUCGGAAUGUCCCAGAAGAGUAUAAAAUCAGCGAGGGGCUGACUGGAACUUUCCAUAAGUGAGAUGAGUCAGAAAAUGGCCAAGGAGGGCCCCAGGCUCUCUAAGAACCAGAAGUUCUCGGAGCACUUCAGCAUCCACUGUUGCCCACCCUUCACUUUUCUCAACUCCAAGCGUGAGAUCGUGGACCGCAAGUACAGCAUCUGCAAGAGCGGUUGCUUCUACCAGAAGAAAGAGGAGGACUGGAUCUGCUGUGCCUGCCAGAAGACCAGCUCCUGCCAGCAGCAUCCCUUAAGCGAUGGUGGAGAGCCCGGGCUGCAGCCUCCAGCAUCUUUUGGCCCUCUCUGCACCAGCCGCCGUGCCACGUCCCCUCAGAGGCCCAAGCACCAGCCAGCUGCGUCCCCCGUGGUGGUCAGAGCGCCGCCAGCCAAGCCAAAGUCCCCUCCGAGGCCAGCCAAGCCAAGGUCCCCUUCGAGGACUGAGCGCCAGCCGCGUCCCCGUCCAGAGGUCCGACCACCUCCGGCCAAGCAGAAGCCCCCUCAGAAGCCCCCUCAGAAGCCUAAGCAACCAGCACGCAGCAGCCCCAUCAGAGGGCCAGGGGCCAGUCGCGGGGCGUCUCCCACCAGAGCUCCUAGGUUCUGGUAA